AUGCCAAAGAAGAGUUCUAAACCAACAAUGGGAGAUCGUAUCGAUGUGUUGGAAGAACAAGUGAUGAACGUUCAAGUUACACUUGAGAAAUUCGCUAAGCAAUUAAACGAUCAGGGCGAAAAAUUCUCACAACAGAUGCUUGACCAGAGCAAGUUCUUGAGUGAACUGAGCAAACAGUUUGGUUCAUUGAGAGAGGUGAAUUCCGGCGGAAGCGUGAACUCUGUUGGUGAUCAAUCACAGGGGGAAUCGCGUUUGUCUGGAAAGAAGGUCAAGUUACCGGUGUUUGACGGAGAGGAUCCAGUCGCUUGGAUCACGAGGGCUGAGAUCUAUUUCGACGUUCAGAACACUAUGGAUGAAAUGCGUGUUAAGCUAGCGCGAUUAAGCAUGGAGGGAGCAACCAUUCACUGGUUCAAUCUCUUGCGUGAAACAGAGGAUGAUCUGACUUGGGAGAAAUUAAAAAGGGCGUUAAUCGCACGAUAUGGAGGCCGUAGGCUGGAAAAUCCGUUUGAGGAGCUAGCAACGCUGAAGCAGAGUGGGAGUGUGGAGGAAUACGUUGAGGCGUUUGAGUUGUUAUCGUCUCAAGUGGGUCGACUCCCUGAGGAACAAUAUUUGGGGUAUUUUAUGAGUGGUUUGAAACCACAAAUUCGACGGAGGGUUCGUACCUUGAAUCCUUUAAGUCGUAUGCAGAUGAUGAGAAUCGCGAAGGACGUCGAAGAUGAAUUGAAAGAAGUUGAUGAAGAUGAAGGGAGGGGUAUGAGUAAAAAGGGGGUGCAAGAUCGUGGAAUUAAAAAUGAGUGGGCCGGGUCAAUGAAUAAAGGGAGAUAUGGGCCUAACCCGAACCGACCCGCUAAUUCGGGUUUGUCAAACCUAAAUCAGAAAUUGGGAUCGACGGGAUCUAACUCAAAUUCCAGUUCUUCAAUGGCUUCCACAGGACGAAGCGGUCCUUGGAAGGGCGUCCGGAGUUUUCAAAACAAUGAAAUCGUAGAAAGGCGUGCUAAGGGUCUUUGUUUCAAAUGCGGAGAACGGUGGCAUCCGACGAUGCAUAAAUGUCCAGAGAAGGCUCUUCGAGUUCUGAUUCUGGGUGAGGGCGAGACGAUGAAUGAGGAUGGAGAAAUUAUUUCUCUAGAGGAAGAGGUGUCUGAGGAGGAAGAAGAAGUUGAGGUAGAGUGUAAGUCUCUUGGAGUGCUGGGAAGCAUGAAUGGCUAUCGCACGAUGAAGAUUGAAGGGAAGGUGGAAGAUGUGGAUGUGUUGGUACUCAUUGAUAGUGGAGCAAGCCACAAUUUCAUCUCACCUCAAAUUUCUACUGCGUUAGGUUUGAGUGUUUCUCCAAUAGCAGAAAAAUCUAUCAAAUUAGGUGACGGUCACAAAAUUGUUUCUAAGGGAAUGUGUAAGGGAGUCAAAAUUCAACUGGGACCUUUGGAGGUGGUGGUAGAUGCGCUGGUACUGGAGUUGGGAGGUUUAGAUAUGGUGUUGGGAGUUGCUUGGUUGAGUACUCUGGGCAAAGUGGUGAUGGAUUGGAGAACCUUGUCUAUGCAGUUUUGGCAGGACAAAAAGGAGGUGAAAUUACAAGGACAGGGUAGCAAACCUGAAGGCUAUUUAAAUACCUUCUUAGAAGACAAACAGUGUAAGAUGGGUGCUGAGAUGUGGUGGUCUCUGCAACAAACAGAGAAAGAAAGUUCAAGUGAAAUACCUUCUGAUUUAGAAGAGAUUCUGCAGCAAUUUCAUGAAGUCUUCAAGGAUGAAAUUCAAUUACCUCCGGAAAGAUCUCAAGUGCAUCACAUUAAAUUGUUUCCCGGUCAUGGAGCAAUUAAUGUCAGGCCAUAUAGAUACCCUCACCAUCAAAAGGAGGAAAUAGAAAGACAAGUAGCUGAGUUACUCAAUGCUGGUGUGAUCAGACAAAGUAUGAGUGAAUAUUCAAGCCCUGUGAUUCUGGUGAAAAAGAAAGACAAGAGUUGGAGGAUGUGUGUGGAUUAUAGAGCUCUAAAUAAAGCAACAAUUCCAGAUAAGUACCCUAUUCCCAUAGUAGAUGAGUUGCUUGAUGAGUUGUAUGGUUCAAAUAUUUUUUCCAAAAUAGACCUUAAAUCUGGUUAUCACCAAAUUAGAGUACAUGAUGAUGACAUACACAAAACAGCUUUUAGAACACACAACGGCCACUAUGAGUAUUUAGUCAUGCCUUUUGGACUAAUGAACGCUCCAGCCACUUUUCAAUCCACCAUGAAUGACAUCUUCAGACCUUUUUUGAGAAAAUUUGUCCUGGUAUUUUUUGAUGACAUUUUGAUAUAUAGUAAGAAUGUGAAAGAACACCAGACACAUUUGCAUCAAGUCCUCUCUAUUUUGUUGUCAAACCAAUUUGUAGCAAAUAAGGCUAAGUGUAAGUUUGGCUGUAAACAGAUAGAUUAUCUUGGACACAUUAUAUCAGGAGAAGGAGUUUCUGUAGACCCUGAAAAAAUCAAAUGUAUGUUAGAGUGGCCUGAACCAAAAAAUGUCAAGGGAGUACGGGGUUUCCUUGGUUUGACAGGGUACUAUAGGAAGUUCAUCAGAAAUUAUGGAAAACUAGCUAAACCUUUGACUGAAUUGACUAAGAAGGAUAGCUUUGUGUGGGGGUCAGAAGCUACAAUUGCUUUUAAUGUUCUGAAACAAAUUAUGACAUCACCUCCUGUUCUAGUACUUCCCAAUUUUGAAAUACCAUUUGAAGUGGAAUGUGAUGCAUCAGGCAGGGGAAUAGGUGCAGUGCUUAUGCAACAGAGGAAACCUAUAGCAUUUUUCAGCAAAGCUCUGUCUGAAGGCAACUUAGCCAAAUCAAUUUAUGAAAAGGAAUUGAUGGCCUUAGUUUUGUGUAUUCAGCAUUGGAGGCAUUAUCUUUUGGGUAAACAAUUCACAGUUUACACAGAUCAUAAAAGUCUCAAACAUUUUCUCCAACAACGUAUCACCUCUCCUGAUCAGCAAGGAUGGCUAGCAAAGUUACUAGGGUAUCAAUUUGAAGUCAAAUUCAAGCCAGGCAUGGAGAAUAAGGCAGCUGAUGCACUGUCUAGAUGCUAUGAUGAUAUUGAGCUUAAGACUUUAUUGUCUUAUCCUCAAUGGGUGGAUAGCAAGAAACUACUAGAUGAAGUUCAUAAUGAUACUGAAAUUCAAAAACUGAUUCAAGAAUUACAAACGAAUCCUGAUGCUAAACCUGGUUUUGCUGUCAAACAUGGUGUGUUGUUUUAUCAUGACAGGUUAGUGUUGUCAUCCAAAUCUCCCUCCAUUCCUUUAUUGUUAGAAGAAUUUCAUAGUACUCCAUCUGGGGGUCAUUCUGGAUUCCUUCGAACAUAUAGAUGA